CUCUUUAGUUCGCGUUUGAAUAUCGGUCGGACGGCUCGUGGAGUAGCUGCUAGUAGCAGGGUUUGGAUGUUCGAUUGGAUCCUCACGUACGCGUACGACGACGUUACGGUUCGAGAAAGAAAAAGUAGUUCGCGAAUCUGAAGAGCUUCGACUUCUUCGUUGAAACAAGUUUUGGAUAUUGCUUUUUUUUCGCCGCUAGACGUGUGGUUAAUUUGUGCACAAAUUUCAGCGCUUGAAGGGUAAUCAUUUCAGCGAUUUCACGCCGUUUAGUAGUAAUUCACUAAAAGCCUAUCGUUGCCCAUUGAAGACCCACGGGCUGGUCGGUGUCGAAACUCCGUCUGCUAUUGGAGUAAAUUAGAUGAAUGGUGGUACCCUUCAUUGAACGGAAUGGUGUGUAGAUUAAGUCACUCCGGUUGGUGAAGAGAAUCCAUGUAUCGUGCUGGAAGUUAGUUGACCGCAAAACGAGAAGAAGCGCGAUCACAUUCGAGUUCGGAAUCGGGUUCAGUUGAAAGUGAGAAAAGUAGGUCUCGUGACGAUUUAUCGCCGGCGGACGCGUAGUCAGCUGGAACUGUGUGGAAGUUUGUUUUCUGUAAGCUGAUGAUGAUUCAUGGUCACUACGUCGGGAGGUCAUACCGAGAUUAAACAUUAUUACUGUUGUUGUCGCAUUUCCUCUGAUCUUGGUCGGCUGUUUGUGUUAGUUCAAAUCAAUGAUACGAUCGCUGUUCGUUCAUUGAUUUUGCGGCCAUCAGUGAAUAGGUGGCGAGAAGAGAUCUCGGAUUUUGAAUUUAAGUGUAGUGUUUGAAAAUAAUGCAUUAGUGUUGUAGGAGAACAGUGUGAUAGAAUUACAAUGUUAAGUACCAGAAAACCGGGUCCCCCGGUUCCUCCAAGGCCAAGUGCUGCUGCAGUGGCCACUGCUCUGGCUAAGCACCGUGAGAAUUCUCCUAAUCAGUUGGGCAUUCAUACACUGAAACCUCCUCAUCCAGGGCGUACGGUAAUUUACAGAUCACCUACGCUGGAGCAUGACAUUCACUCGCAGCAAGUGAUUACCAAUGGAACUGCUAGUGCCAAUGCCUGUCUGAACCACGUUUCGGAUAACGGAACAGAACGUCCCUUUCAGAAGUCGGAAAUUUACGUCGGUGUAUCUAACAGUUACAAUGUACCGCGACCUAUUCACCCUGUGAACAGUUUUGUUAAUCGCAGUAUUAACAACGGUAAUUCCAACAUGGAAAACAGUAAAUUAACAUAUACAUCAACAUGCAGUAUAAUUGAGAUAAAUUCUUCCUCAUCGGCAUCGACAUCGACAUCGUCCUCUCCAAUGUCAACACUGCAGAAGUCCGACUCCAAACCCAAUCUCGUCGGCAUCUGUAAUGAUCGUAAUCAUCUUAAUUCUGCCGACGAGGAUGAUACCAUCGUCAGCCAAAAACUGAAUGCCUAUAGCCACCGGCACACGGAUCCGUUAGAAGACGCUACAAUUAAGCGCAAUUCGUCGGACGUGAUUGUGAUCAAUUCGGCGUCCUCGGAGCAUGACAGUGGCACCGAGCAGUAUUCAGCGGAUACCAACAGUAUCGCAAGUAGUAACUCACUUGAACGGAAAAAUAACUUUAAAAACGCAGAAACCCACAAGACACACAUGACUGAGAUCAUCAUUGGGCAUGGUGCCGACAGUCUGUCGAAAACCACCACCACCACCACGGUCGUUGCCAAUGGAACAGCCACUAUCAUUGAAGCUCGAAAUGAUGCCCUCCAACAUAACGGAUCUUCCCCCGAUCCAACCACUCAUGUGAUACGAAGCUCGUCAAUUCGGCUACCAUACCGCCCCGAACCGGAAGGUGGUGAAUAUGUAACACCAUCACAGGAUCAGAAUCACGGAGUUAAAGUUAUCAAACGUCCUGUGAUUGAUCCGAAAACAAUAGAUUCCAAGCUAAGUGAGAAAAAAGUAGCAUUCCACGAGCAGCUCAUCUCGGAACUGGCUGCAAUGAGAAAUGCACAUGAAAACACAACUUUCGACACAGUUUCGAAACGUCAACGAUAUCCACCGGAUAAUCGAUCAUCAACGGAAGUUUCUCCGAAUGGAACUGCCACCCGGCUGGCUAGAAUUCGAACUUCUGACUGGAUUGAGGUAGGAGACAAUGGAAAAGAAGUGAUACUCUCUAGUUGCCAAAUCAGCUUGGAAGACUCCGGAAUGGAGGAUGAGGAAAAACUGGAUGAUGCGUCCUCUGGUGUGGGGGAUUCCUGGGAUAGCGUGAAGGAUGCUGAAGAACGCAUCACGAUGUCCCUACCGGGACUACCCCCACUGCCAAAAAGUCUUAGUGGUUUCGAUCUAGCCGGUCAGCAACUUUUAUCUCACCAGCAGCAUCAUCAGCAGCAGCAACAGCAGCAUCAGCAUCAUCACGUUGCUCAGCACCAGUCAUCUCAAACACAGCAACAACAACAAUACCAUCAUCAUCAUCCUCAGCACACACCUUCGCAGCAGUUGUUGUCUCACCAGCAGCUGCCACCAUCGCUGAAUCACCAUCCCACGAAUCCGUUUAUCCCGAUGGGAGUAAAUCUGCAGAGCGUUAGUAUGGCAUCACUCGUAUCUCAGCGCGGUCAGUCACCGAUUAGCACCAUUAGCAGUUCCAGCAGUAUACCGGUCACUCCCAACAGUGGUUCUGGCGGCGGCGGAGGAGGAGGUGUGAGCGUUAGGAAACCAACAACGCUUGAUACUCAACUGGCUGUCUUGCGAAGAGAAAUGUACGGUCUGAGACAGCUGGAUCUGUCGCUUCUGUCCCAACUGUGGGCGCUAAAUGAGUCAAUUCAGGAGUUCCGGACGAUGCUGCAGGAGCAGGAAACUCUCUCGCCACCCUCGCCAACGCCUUCCAAUUCGGACGCCAAUUCCGUGUCGUCCGACGAUGAUGAAGACGAAUCGUCAAACACCGCAACGACCGGUGGAAUUGGACCGAAUCACAACUUGAUCGAGUCGGUCGCAGCCGCUUCGGUGCUUUCUUCGAACCAAUCGAACCGGAUGAGAGCGCCACCACCUCCACCACCCAAUCGGAAAGCACCCUCCCGACCGGUUUGAGUUUUCCACAGCAGGCCUAGAUAUUCCAAAAAGCAACUUCACUCUCUCCAAGUUCUAGCCAAUAAUUGAACAAAUUUACUCCGUUUCGGAGCGAUCCAGUGCAUUGGGUGGAUCUAAAGCGUUAACUAUUUAUGUUGCCGCCGAAGCAGCAAUCACAAAACACGUAAGUCAAUAGAACAAGACAAUGGUGAGGGUUUCCGAGGGCUAGCGCUCAGCGAGAACCGCACCCUAAUCAUUAAGUAAGUAUUUGCUCUGCAGCCCUUUUGUACAUAGUAAUUAAACGUAAUUCUUUCAAUUCACUACAAAUAAACAAUAAAGAAACCAUGUUCCAAAAUAGAAAUCGCAAGCGUCAAACAACGAGUAAAA